AAAGGAAAUUCAAUUGUCUUUAGGUCUGAGUAAUGUGGUUCUGCUUGUUCUUUCAACAGCAAGGAAGAGGCAGCUGCCAUUUACUAUAACCUCUAAAUGGAUAUAAAACAGGAGGUAUGUGAGACUGACAUCAAUACCAUGGAGAUCCUGACUGUAAGCAUUAAAGAUGAGGACUGUCAAUGGGAGUCUGUCCACCCUAAACAGAACAGUCUCUGCAUUAAUAACGAUUAUGAACUGGUAACUGUGGGUAUUAAAGAAGAGGCGGAGGAGAGCUCUGUUAAUACUGAGACCAGCAAAUGUAAAAUAAUAGAAAGCGUCGAGGAAGAUGAACUUCGGUCAGUGUCGACUCUUCAUUAUGAAUCUCAAGAUGAAGCAGUGACCAGGUUAGUGUCUUCUCAAAGCGUAUGUCCUUCAUCUCUGAAGCCACCUAUCACAGCAAGUCCUGAAUCGUUACAUUCUGACACCAAGAGGAUGGAGGAAAUUUCAUCUACUAGAACUCAGGACAGUGAAGCAUCACCUUCAAAACAGUCUGGAGAAAGAGAGAAACCUCACUGCUGUCCUGAAUGUGGCAAACGAUUCACACAAAUGGUCUCCCUUAAAACCCACAUAAGAAUUCACACCGGAGAGAGGCCGUAUUCUUGUCCCGAAUGUGGAAAACGAUUCUCAGACAGGAGUCAUUUUCGGAGACACAGAAAAAUUCACACUAAAGAAAAACUAACACCAAGAGAAAAACCUUACUGCUGUUCGGAAUGUGGCAAGCGAUUUUGUAAUUUAAGAGAUCUUCGGUGUCACACAAGAAUUCACACUGGGGAGAAGCCAUAUUGCUGUUUGGACUGUGGCAAACGGUUCUCACAGAUGGUUACCCUUAAGACCCACAUAAGAAUUCAUACUGGAGAAAAGCCAUAUUCUUGUUCUGAAUGUGGAAAACAAUUCUCUGACAGGAGUCAUUUUAAGAGACACAAAAAAAUUCACACUGGAGAAAAAUUAACCCCGAAAGAGAAACCUUACUGUUGUUUGGAGUGUGGCGAACAGUUUUUGCUAAUGAGUCAUUUUAAGAAACAUACCAGAGCUCAUACAGGGAAGAAACCGUACUGCUGUUCUGAAUGUGGCAAAGAAUUCUGUGACAGUAGUACUCUUCGAAGACACUGUAGAAUUCACAAUGAAGAAAAGCCUUAUUGUUGUUCGGAAUGUGGCAAACGAUACUCACGAAUCACCUACCUUCAGAUACACACAAGGAUUCACACAGGAGAGAAACCUUACAGUUGUCCAGAAUGUGGCAAACAAUUUAUACAACUGAGAAGUCUUAAGAGUCAUGCAAGAAUUCACACAGGAGAGAAGCCAUAUUGCUGUAAUGAAUGUGGCAAACUGUUUGCACAACUAACUUAUCUUCAGAGUCACACAAGAAUUCAUACUGGGGAGAAGCCGUAUUGCUGUAAUGAAUGUGGAAAGCAGUUCUCACAAUUGAGCAGUCUUCACAUCCACAAACAAAGCCACAGUGGAGAGAAGCCAUUCUGCUGUAACGAAUGUGGCAAACAAUUCUCUUACAGGAGCAGUCUUCGUAACCAUUCGAAAAUUCAUUUAUUGGAGAAACCACAUUGCUGCUCUACAUGUGGCAAGCGGUUUUCCCAAAUUGCCACUCUUCAGACCCACAUGAGAAUUCACACUGGAGAGAAGCCGUACUCCUGUUCUGAAUGUGGGAAACGAUUUUCUGACAGCAGUCGUUUUCGGAGGCACAAAAGAACUCACACUGGAGAGAAACAUUACUCCUGUUCAGAAUGUGGCAAACAGUUCACACAAAGGGCCACUCUUAAGACCCACUUAAGAAUUCACACUGGCGAGAAGCCAUAUUCCUGUUCUGAAUGUGGAAAACUGUUCUCUGACAGCAGGUAUCUUCGGAGACACAAAAAAAUUCACUACCAAACUCCCAAGAUGAAUGUGAAAGAGGAGACGUGCGAGACUGACAUAAAUACCAUGGAGAUCACAGCUGUAAAUAUUAAGGAGGAGGACUGUGAAUGGGAGCCUAAACAGGGCAAGCUCUGCAUUAAGGACGAAGAUUACGAAGUGGUGACUGUGGGCAUUAAAGAAGAGGCUAUCGAGACGUCCAAGCAUACAAUUAUGGAGCAUGGUGAGGAAGAUAACCUUCAUUCAGAGUUGACCCCUCAUCAUGAGUGUCAAGAUGAAGCCGUGACUGGGUUAACGUUUUGUCACAGCAGAGGCCAUUCAUCUGUGAGUCCAUUUAUCAAACAGAGUCCUGAAUCAUUACAUUCUGACACCAAUAGGGUUGAGGAAAUUUCAUCUAGUAGAACUUGGGACAGUCAACCAUCACCUUCAAAACAGUCUGCAGAAAGAGACAAACCUCAUUGCUGUCCUGAAUGUGGCAAGCGAUUUUGCAAUUUAAGAAAUCUUCAGUGUCACACAAGAAUUCACACUGGAGAGAAGCCAUAUUGCUGUUUGGACUGUGGUAAACGGUUCUCAAAGAUGGUGACCCUUAAGACCCACAUAAGAAUUCAUACUGGAGAGAAGCCAUAUUCUUGUUCAGAUUGUGGAAAGCGAUUCUCAGAUCGGAGCCAUUUUCAGAGACACAGAAAAAUUCACACGGGAGAGAAAUUAACCCCGAAAGAGAAACGUUUCUGCUGUUCAGAAUGUGGUAAACAGUUUUUGUUAAUGAGCCAUUUUCAGUACCACAUAAGAGUUCAUACAGGAGAGAAACCGUACUGCUGUUCUGAAUGUGGCAAACCAUUCCGUGACAGAAGUACUCUUCGAAGACACUCUAGAAUUCAUAAUGGAGAGAAACCUUAUUGUUGUCCAGAAUGUGGCAAGCGUUACUCACGAAUUGCCUAUCUUCAGACGCACGCAAGAAUUCACACUGGAGAAAAGCCAUAUAGUUGUCCAGAAUGUGGCAAGCAAUUUGUACAAUUAAGGAGUCUACAGAAGCACACAAGAACUCACACAGGCGAAAAGCCAUAUUGCUGUUCGGAAUGUGGUAAACUCUUUUCACAACUAAGUCACCUUCAGAGUCACACAAGAAUCCAUACUGGUGAGAAACCAUUUAGCUGUAAGGAAUGUGGCAAGCAAUUUACACAAAUGAGCAGUCUUCAGAUCCACAAGCAAAGUCAUAGUGCAGAGAAGCCAUUCAGCUGUAAUGAGUGUGGGAAACAAUUCUCUUACAAGAGUAGUCUUCGAACUCACUUAAAAAUUCAUGUAGUGGAGAAACCAUAUUGCUGUUCUACAUGUGGCAAACGGUUCUCCCAAAUGGCCACUCUUCAGACCCACAUACGAGUUCACACCGGAGAGAAGCCAUAUUCUUGCUCUGAUUGUGGGAAAAGAUUCUCUGACAGUAGCCGUUUUCGGAGACACAAAAGAAUUCAUACGGGAGAAAAACGUUACUGCUGUUCUGAAUGUGGCAAGCAGUUUACACAAAGGGCCACUCUUAAGACCCACAUAAGAAUUCACACUGGCGAGAAGCCAUAUUCUUGUUCUGAAUGUGGGAAACAAUUCUCUGACAGCAGUCAUCUUCGGAGACACAAAAGAAUUCACCAUUAAGAGAAGCCCCGAAGGAGUAGGUUAGAGGGAGAAGAAGGCAAGAAGGCAAGAAGGAGUUCAAAGUAACUCUCCUAAUUCUAGGUCUUUACAGGAUAUGCUUCAUUGUGUGAGAUCUCUACCAAAUUUUCUCAUAAUGUCAGCCGUCUUUCACUGUGUGAAAAGGAUCCACCAUACUGGCUAGCUCCAGAAUAGAAAGAUGAUCACACGCUGCCACUGCACUAUACUAGAUUAUGAUGUUUGUCAGGCAGUCAGUCAGUCAUUUUCUAACUGGCUUACUCCUGAAUAGGGUUGCAGAGGUCUGCUGGAGCCUAUUCCAGCCAGCAUAGGGCACAAGGCAAGAACAAGCCCUGGACCGGGCACCAGUCCAUUGCAGGGGUGAACACAUACAUGCACACACAUCCACCUCAACCAUGCACUAGGGCCAAUAUAGGAUCGCCAGCUUACCUCACCUGCAUGUCUUUGAAAUGUGGUAGGAAACUGGAGCAAACCCCACACAGACACAGGGAGAACAUGCACACUCCAUGCUGGGAGGUCCUGGGAUGUGAACCCUGGUCUCCUUACUGCGAGGCAGCAGUUGCGCCACUGCACAACCCUUUAUGGGGUCUGUGAUAGUGUAAAAUCAUUAGAUACAGAACACAAGACAUCUACUGUGGUGUCCAUCUGGAUGGCCAUUUUUUCUAUUACCAAAAUAAACUGGGGGG